AUGACUCGAAAUUAUGCUGGAAGCAAGGUCCAGGCCUUGGAGUUUCUCCUGGGCUUUGUGCAGAAGGCCAAGGAACUGGUUGUGGACAAUGCCAAGGACAUCAAGGAUGUCUGUAUGUCGCUAUAUACCAGGGACAAACUAGCCAAGGUCAAGGCCAAGACAUUUCCACUCGUUGUAGAGCUGCUGAAGCUGACAAGCGGUACGAGAAUGGAUGCAGUCAUGGGUGCGGAGGGAAUGCUCAAGAAAUUCUUUGGAGAGCUCGCUCAGCCAAGCAAACUUUCUCAAUCAGUCAAAUUUGGCAUCUACCAAACCCUUGGUGCCUUUGGAGAGUACUAUCCACAGCUUGUAAUGGCCUAUUCGGAGAGACUCUUUGGUGUUCUCGUAUCUACACUUAAAGAACAGAUGACAUCAAAGACCAAGAAGCCAGAGAUGACCACCGUUGCUGGCUGUCUGAUGGGUCUAUCACAUCUUCUUGUCAACUUUACACAAUCCGUAGAGGAGAACAGCAAACAUUGUAAAGCAAUCUACCAAUAUGCGACCAUGAGUGUGGAUCCCGGACCUUACAAAUCCAAGGAGUCUGGAUCAACCCCUCGAUACGACAUCCCGAAGGCUGGCCUUAACCUUAUAGGCAGACAUGCAGCACAGUUCAACGAGUAUCUCUAUAGGGACCAUGAGAUGGUGUACAGCCGACUCCUAUACUGGAGUCAUUCGCGUAACUCUGAGAUGAAAUGGGCCGGAUACGAAGCUCUUCAGUCGUUCCUCAAAGUGGUGUCGUACAUGCUGGUGGAAAAUGCAGAGAAAAAGAGAUCCUCGGAUAUAGCAGUCUUGAAGUUCUUCAUCCAAUCAUUUCGGAAUACCAUCGAUGAUACAAGCAGCUCUUCCAAGGCUCUUUCUACGGCCAUCAGGGGCUAUGGUGUCUUCGCAGCGCCCUGCAAGGCAUUCAUGUCGGAAGAAGACGUGAGAUUCAUGUUCAAUGAGAUCAUCCAAAGAAGUGAACAACAGUUUCUUGUUCAAGGAGAAGAGAGAUUGUCCCAACUACCUACGUACCUGGAGGCACUGGCUAGCAUUGUUGGGCAAUUAGAUACAGUGAGUGAUACUUUCUUGUCAUCGCUUGAGAAGUUGGUAGUCCUGGUGUUUGGAAGCUACCCCCAUCAGGCUCGGAGUAGUCAGUGGACCAGCCACAGUGCUAUCCUACAGAUCCUCAUCGCGCUAUCGGCUAAAGGAGCAUCCCUCCAAGGGUUCCUCUCCAGAGUGGUUUAUCAGUGGAUCCUUCGUACAUGUUCCUUUCCUGUACUCUUAGAAUCAGGAGGUGAGGAAGGAGAAGAACAGAGGAGUGACGAGAUGGAGAUAGAGCAGGAUGCCAGACGAGUCUCCUACAAAAGCUUCAUGGAUCUGUGGACCAGGCUGCUGGAUAGCAAGUUUAUCAAGACAUCUGAAGCUCACGGUUCAAGCUAUGCUGAACGGUUGAACAUCCACACCAUGAUCUACAAUGAGUUGAUCGGAGGAAUCCUGAAGGUUAUCAAGAAACUGGAUCUCAGCUCCAACAAAGACAAUGAGGAACAGGCAUCAGAUGGUGUGACCUCUGACCUUGCAGGAAGUACUUCGUCUGAUCCUCUGGAAGGGUUGAGAGCUGCCAAACCAAAGGACCAACAAGUCUUUAUCAACCUUGUGGAUUUCACCAAGGAACUAUUACCCACAAGACAGAUCCAGCUGUUUGAUGCUUGGGUGUAUCGCUUUGGUCAUGAACUGAUUCAGCUCUCGAGCCAACAUCCACUGAUCAGUGGCUUCUACAAGCUGUUGACCGUCUGCAUGACCAUGUCCAGCAAGACUGCAUUCUUCAAGGAAGUGGAUCCAUAUGUCUCAAUGGAAUCGUGUUUCAAACCGAAAUUGAAAGAUGAAUCCAUGGAUGUGGAUGACGACAGCGAGCCCAUGGCAACCAAGGCCACGCCUAGCAGCGUGUCUCUCUCCGACAGAGAAGCCUGUUUCUUCCUGUUUUCCAAGUUCUCGAAGGAGGUUCUGGUCCGGCUGAAGCAGUACAAGGAUGACCUCCUCGCUUCUUGUCUCUUUCUCAUCCUCUCUCUCCCCCAUCAGGUGGUGGAGUAUGAAGUUCGUGAUGUCAUUCCAGCACUCCAGACUGCGUUCAAGCUUGGUUUGAGUUACUUACCCCUGGCCGAGUCUGGACUCUCGGCCCUUCAGACCUGGAUCCGUUACAUUCCAUCAGAUGUUCUCAAGCCUUACUAUGCCCAGGUUCUUCCCCAGCUAGAUGGCUACCUCAGGGCCGGAAGUGGAUCUGAAGAUGACAGUAGCAGACCUGAGGUUCUUGUCGUUCAAACAGCAUCCAGUCGCCAGGGACGGAGACGCAUCCCUUAUAAACUUCUAAAGAAAGCCAAGGAAAAUGAUCAGAGUCAAGACUCCCCUUUGAGGAGUGUCCAGCUCCAGAUCCUCCGUCUCCUUGGCUCCUUGGGAGGUAGUGUGAACGUGGGUCUCCUGGAGACAUCGGCCCAGGAGCUUGCCAAGGUAGCCCUGGCGUGGGACUCGCAGCCGAGACUCAACUUUCCCGUUCCAUUCGUGGAUAUGAAACCCGAGAUUCAGCUAGACGCCUUUUUGCCAAGGAUCGUUGACCUGGCUUUGACCUCCAGUGACCGUCAGACCAAGGUGGCAGCAUGCGAGACCCUACAUACCUUGGUUCUUUUCAUGCUGGGUAAAGGAUCUCAACAGCCUGACCAAAGGGAAGCUAAGAGCCCAAUGGAUCAACUGUACAAGAAGGUCCUUCCUGCAGUACUUCAGCUCGCUUGUGAUGUGGAACUGGUCGCCAGGCAGCUCUUUGAACCCCUUGCCAUGCAACUCAUCCACUGGUUCUCAGGGAACAAGAAGUAUGAGAGCGAAGAGACCACCACGUUGCUGAAUGCCAUCCUUGCCGGUAUAGUACAUCCUACAGACACAGCACUGAGAGACUUCUGCGCUCGCUGUAUCAGUGAAUUCUUGCGGUGGUCCAUCAAGCAGACAAGUAAAAAGCAACAAGAAAAGAAUGCAUUCAACACCAAGUCACUCCUGAAGCGUCUCUACUCCAUGGCCUCGCACCCCAGUGCAUUCAAGAGACUCGGAGCUGCUCUUGCCUUCAAUAGUAUCUACACCAUCUUUAGGUAA